AUGAAUCAAGCCCUAGACCCUGCACGUGCGCCGCAGUUCCUGGACUCGAUGCUGCGCCGCAACCGCAUCGUGCUCAUCUCAGCCACCUACUGCCAGUUUUCCACCAAGCUGAAGAUGUUGCUAAUUGAGCUGAAGCACCGCUUUGUCUCGCUGGAGAUUGACAUUAUUCCCAACGGGCGAGAAGUUUUCCAGGAGGUGGUGGCCCGCACCGGCGUGCACACAGUGCCGCAAGUGUUCCUCAACGGUAAGUACCUUGGCGGAUACGACGACCUCAUCGCGCUCUACCACAAGAGAGAGCUCUCCGAGACUCUCGAGAAGCGGUGA